AGACAUGGAGCAUGUGCACAGAUCGACUUAUGAAUAGUUUUGUGCCGUUUCCUGAUUAGUUAUAUGCAGUCUGUUGGACUCUGACCCUGAUAUUGGUGGAGAGUGGAUAGUUGGUAUGAAUAGAGUUUAUUCUUCUUCCUCCUAAUUUCGCGCUCUCGGAGAAGGGACUAAGAACAGUGGAGAAUUUGAAUAAGACUACAUCUACGGCAUAGACUUGUAUAAGCAAUGAAUAAUGAUUUGAAGAACUCGAAUAUGUAGAAUCCCAGAUAAUUCUUCGUCAGACCAUUUUGAGUGACUUUCUGACUGAGGCGGGCGACUCUAUUGGGGCUGUUGGAGUCAAUCGGCCCUAUCUGCCACUCCCCAUUCAGCCCUUCACGGGAGCGCGCCGACUGGCUGUGUCACGCAAGCCUACUACGGAGAGGCGAGCCACAGGCACGGAAUUCCGAGGAGGAAGUUACUGGGAUUGGAAAAACAACCUCAAAACUAACUGCACGAAUAAAGGUGUAGGGGCGCUCCUCUGUAGGAAUAAAAAAGUGUGGGUUACUAUGGACUAGUGGUGGUCGCAAUCGAUGGAGGCGGCGAGAAGUUUCCUGUUUCUCCGGUUACUGCUGGUCGGACUUUCGGGCGCAUUGGGCAGAGAAGUGUGCCUGGGCACAGACAUGAAGCUGGCCCUGCCCUCCAGCCUGGAGAACCACUAUGAGACCCUGCGGCUGCUCUACACUGACUGCCAGGUGGUGCACGGCAACCUAGAGAUCACACAUCUUCGGGGCAAGCCGGACCUCUCCUUCCUACAGGGUAUCGUGGAGGUGCAGGGCUACGUCUUGAUUGCCCGUGUGUCUGUGAGUGUGGUGCCGCUGGACAACCUGCGCAUCAUCCGGGGAAGCCAGCUGUACAACUCCAGCUAUGCUCUGGCUGUCCUGGAUAACACCCUCCCUCAAGAAGGGGUGGGCCUGAGGGUGCUCCGCCUCCGCAGUCUCACAGAGAUCCUGCUGGGUGGAGUGCAUAUUUGGGGAAAUCACCAGCUCUGUUUCCCAGACCCCCAGCACAUGGAGUGGAGGGACACACUGGAUGAAAAGAACACGCAUGCCAAGCAGCUCCGCCUGCAGGCCCGGGCCCCCAAAUGUCCGAAGUGCUCCCCUGCCUGUGUAAAGCGAAGCUGCUGGGGAGAGACAGAGAAAGACUGCCAGACCCUGACCCAUGUGCACUGUGCAUCGGGGUGUCUGCGCUGUAAGGGACCUGAUCCCAAUGACUGCUGCCACAUGCAGUGUGCUGCCGGCUGCACUGGGCCCAAAGACUCAGACUGCCUGUCGUGCCGUCACUUCAACGACAGCGGGACGUGUAAAGACAACUGUCCGCCCCCCACCAUCUACGACCCGGUCACCUUCGUGUCCAAACCCAACCCCAACAGGAAGUUCAGCUUCGGGGCCACCUGCGUCAGGACAUGUCCCUAUAACUACCUAGCCAUGGAGGUGGCCUGUACCAUGGUGUGUCCUAAAGCGAACCAGGAAGUGAUUAUCACCCAGCCUGACGGCAAGGAGACACAGACACAGAAGUGUGAGAAGUGUGAAGGGGAAUGUCCAAAAGUGUGCUAUGGGCUGGGCAUGGGUGAUCUCCAGAGCUCCUCCUGGGUGAGCUCCUCCAACGUGGCCCAGUUCACUGGCUGCAAUAAGAUCUAUGGCAGUCUGGCUUUCCUUCCACAGAGCUUCACAGGCGACCCAUUGGCUAACAUGACAGGUCUGACCCUUAGUGAGCUGGAUGCAUUUAAGAAUUUGGUGGAGAUCACAGGAUAUCUGUACAUUGAUGCGUGGCCAGCCAACUGGACUAACCUGAGUGUGUUUGAGAACCUGAAAGUGAUCCGAGGAAGGAUGCUCUAUAAAGGAGUGUUCUCUCUGGGGGUCCAGUCAAUACAGAUCCGUUCUCUGGGUCUGCGUUCACUCAGGAGCAUCAGCGGGGGUCUGGUCCUGCUCCACAACAACUCCCAGCUCUGCUACACCCAGGACCUGCCCUGGGGGACCCUGCUGCACCCCACCCAGGGGCCCCACCGAAUCGUCAAUGCCAACCAGGACCCCCAGGAGUGUGUGGUGGAAGGCCGUAUGUGUCACCUGCUGUGUGCUAAUGGCUGCUGGGGGCCAGGGCCCAGCCAGUGUGUGGCCUGUGUGAAAUUCCAGCGUGGGAAGGAAUGCGUGGAGGAGUGCGAUAUCUAUCAGGGUUCCCCGAGGGAGUUUUUCGACAACUCCGAGAGAGUCUGUGGCGCUUGUCACUCAGAGUGUCGCCCCAUCAAUGGCUCUGCCUCCUGCCUAGGCCCGGGGGCCCACCAAUGUACAGAUUGCCUGCACUACCAGGAUGGGGAGGUGUGUGUGGAGAAAUGUCCCAGUGGGUUAAAGGAGGAGCAGCACACUGUGUGGAAAUACAGCAACGCCACGGGCCACUGCCUCUCCUGCAACACCAACUGCACACUCUCGUGCACUCAGAAGGAUGAAAGAGGCUGCCCCAUCCAUACUAAAACAGGGCCGGGCACUUCGAUCGCGGCUGCGGUGGGCGGGGCGGUGCUCUUCCUCAUCCUAUUGGGUCUGCUGGUGUUCUACCUACGCCGACAGAAACAGCUCAAGAGGAAGGAGACAAUGAGGAGGAUCCUCCAGGAGCAUGAGCUGGUGGAGCCUCUGACUCCCAGCGGAGCCCUGCCCAAUCAGGCCCAGAUGCGCAUCCUCAAGGAGACCGAGCUAAAGAAGCUAAGAGUUCUGGGCUCAGGAGCCUUCGGCACUGUUUACAAGGGGGCGUGGGCUCCUGAUGGAGAGAAUGUGAAGAUCCCGGUGGCCAUCAAGGUUUUGCGGGAGAACACUUCGCCCAAGGCCAACAAGGAGAUCCUGGAUGAGGCGUACGUAAUGGCCGGUGUGGCCAGUCCCUAUGUGUGUCGUCUGCUGGGUAUCUGCCUGACCUCCACAGUUCAGUUGGUCACCCAGCUCAUGCCAUACGGCUGCCUGCUGGACUACGUCCGAGAGAACAAGGACCACAUCGGCUCCCAGUACCUCCUCAAUUGGUGUGUGCAGAUAGCAAAGGGGAUGAGCUACCUGGAGGAUGUGCGUCUUGUGCACAGGGACCUGGCAGCACGUAACGUCCUGGUAAAGAACCCCAACCACGUCAAGAUCACUGACUUCGGCCUGGCUCGCCUGUUGGACAUAGACGAAACAGAGUACCAUGCUGACGGAGGCAAGGUGCCUAUUAAGUGGAUGGCGUUGGAGUCUAUCCUCCACAGGAAGUUCACCCACCAGAGUGAUGUGUGGAGCUACGGGGUGACUGUUUGGGAGCUGAUGACCUUUGGGGCCAAGCCCUAUGACCUGAUCCCGGCACGAGAUAUCCCAGAGCUGCUGGAGGGGGGCGAGAGGCUCCCCCAGCCCCUUAUCUGCACCAUUGACGUCUACAUGAUCAUGGUCAAAUGCUGGAUGAUUGAACCAGACAGCAGGCCUAAAUUCAAGGAGCUGGUGACCGAGUUUAGCGCCAUGGCACGAGACCCACCUCGCUACGUAGUCAUCCAGAAUGAUGACAAGAUGAGUUUGUCCAGUCCGGUUGACAGUCAGUUCUUCAGGAUGCUACUGGAGGAGGAGGGAGCAGAAAUCAGAGACCUGCUGGAUGCUGAGGAGUACCUGGUGCCCCAGCCCAACUUCUUCAGACCCCAAGCCGAGACCUCGGGCCCCAACGGCCCCUCACGACACCACUCACACAGGAGUACGGACCAUGGAUUGGACAGCGAGCCCUCCAUAGCGGGCGGCCCGAGAAGCAUGUACUCCUCGGUGAGCACCCUGGGGCGCAGCCAGUACCCCACUCUGCCCAUGGGGGCCAGUGCCAUCUCCAAUGGGCCCUGGAACCCCCAUUACCCCUCCCUCCUGGCCCGCACCACCUCACACCUCUCUACGGGGGGACACUCGGACUCUGUGUUCCUAGACGGGGGUCCCGAUGACGCCCCAGCGAGCCCCGGGCGCUAUUGCAAAGACCCCACCUUCCCCAAUGGAGGAGAGAGCGACCUGGAGACGGAUGGACCGUCACCGAUGCAUCAUUAUAAUCAUCUUAAUCAUCACUCGCUGCCCCGUAGGGGUAAUGCGUAUAAUCACAAUCACGCAUUACCAGAGUACAUCAACCAGGAGGUGCAGGACCUCCGGCCGGGGGCCGUCGAGCGCCCCAGCACCCUGCCUCGCAAGGGGGCAGCCGAGAGGCAUCGGCACCUCCCCAAUGGCCUGAGCUCAGGACACAGCGUGGAGAACCCGGAGUACCUGGUCCCCAUGAUGACCUCCGGCUCCACCUCGCCUGCCUUCGACAAUCCCUACUACCUGGACCUAGUGGCUAAGGCUGGGGGUGGUGGUGGGGAGAGGGAUGGGGGGCCUAUCCCUCCUCCCAGGCAGGUGAAUGACUUUGUGACGCCCACGGCAGAGAACCCAGAGUACCUGGGCCUAGCAGACACCUGGAGCGGCCAGAGAGAGCACACCUGAUGAGACUGACAGGAAGUGAUCACCUCAAUGUCAACAUUUUUAACACAGCCUCGGAAACAACACAGAGUACUUUGAAGGCCGAGGAAAUUCACUCACCGGAAAUAAACAGUUCUCAAAUCCUGACUAUAUGGUACUACUAGCAGGCAAAAGACGGACAGCACCACAAUAUCUAAAUAUUUUAAUUAAUCUCAUGAUAAAUGGGAGAAUAAUCCAAGUAACACUGGACUAGGGAUAUAAAAUUUGAAAUAUUUUAGUUUUUAGAUUUAUUUUAUUGAACGUUAUCAUUCAUGUUUGUGUGGUAUAUUGUCAUAUUUGUGUGUGAAUCAUUAUGUGAGUGUCUGAUUCCCUUAUCCUUUCCUUCUUGUAAUCAUACAUAUAAGACAUUGCUCGUCUUCCCGGUUUUAUGGGGGGGAAAUGUACAACACACUAAUGUGUGGGGUUUCAGACAAAAACAACCCUGUUGGCAAAACUGGUUGUAAUGUAUUUAACCUAUUUUAGCAAGGAGUCCCAUUGAGACCAAGGUCUCUUUUGCAAGGAAGCCCUGUAUAUGAUGUCUUUUCAACCAUUUCCCCCCACCGGUAAGCCAUUUAUAUGCUUAUGAGGAAGAAGUUUAAUAUUCUGGUGAGCAGCUCGAAGACCUGAUGGGGCUCGGUACAAUCAAAGUCAUUUUGUUUGGCCAAGAGAAGGGCUUUGCUGACCAUCUGACCGACAUCUGUACCCCACGAAAGAAAUACAUUAUGCAUUUAGGAGACCGCCAUUGUGGCCAGGGAAGAUGUGUUCAUUAAUGUGGCUUUAAAAUGGUAGAUUGGCAUAUAGAAGACCAAGGGGGUUUGUGUAAGCUUGGACUUUGUGCAAUGUUCUUGAUAAGUUCUUUACAACACACCAGUGACAUUUCUGGGAAAGGUACUACUGUACGAAGAAUUCCAGGUUUUCAGCUGAAUAGUGGAAAACCACAUUGGCAAAAGUUUCAAAUUUUCAUUUGAAAAGGUUGUUUGCGUUUUAAUUUCAGUUGCUUACAAUGCAGUAUGUGCAAUACACGCACUGCAUAACUCCCAAAGUUUCCAAGAUGGGGUCCAGUGUUAUUCUUCCACUGUGUCCCAAACUUUGUCAUUGUGGACGCCCAAGAAAAGUGAAGAUUGAGUUCUAAUACUACGGUUGAAUAUUUUGAGAAUUUGUUUGUCCCUUGAAGUUGGAAGAAACCAAUAUUUUUAUUCAUAUGAGACAUGUUUAUAUUCUUGCGUGUGAUUCUGAAGAGGGAAAUGUGUCCCUCGUUGUUGUUGUUGUUGUUUUUGAUAAUCAAUGCAUAGUUCAGAUUCCUCUGGGCAACAAGCCCACACUUCUAGUUAAUAAUCGACCGCAUUUUUUAAAUGGCGAUUUACAUGUUAAAGGCCCAGUGCAGUCAAAAAUGUGAUUUCUCUCUGUUUUAUACAUAUUUCCACACUGAGUUUGGAAUAAUACUGUGAAAUUGUGAAAAUUAUGAUAAUGCCCUUUUAGUAUAUGAGCUGUUUGAAAAGACAGCCUGAAAUUUCAGCCUGUUGUGGUGGGAUGGAGUUUUUGCAUGCCUACUACCAGGCAGUAAAUUAGUUAAUAGACCAACAAGACCGAGUUCCAAAAUUCUACCAAUGACAGCUAGUUUUCCGUUUUCCACUCACCACUCACAGACAGCCCAAGCAAAAUUCUUGUUUGAGAAAUUGCUCUUUGUUAAGAAUCUUGUAUGUUUUCAAUUAAAAUGGUCAAAAAUAAACACAAUCACAGUAAGGUUCUAAAUUGUUACCCAGAAAUUAUUUGAUAUUGUGAUAAAAAUGGCUGCAUUGGACCUUUAACUUCUCUGGCUGUGAGGGGGAUACUGACAAGUCAAUGGAGCCAUUGUUUCUUUAUGGAUGUGUGGGAAGAUCAAUAACUCCCCUACCAACUGUCCCCUCCACCACUGGUGAACAUGCUUCUGCUUUGAAAAGAGGGAGAAAUCCUGGGUUUUCUGGUGUGAACGCCUUGGAGUUGGCAUGGAGGAGGGGCUGGGAACUAUCCCAAAUUUUUGAAUGGGGGGCGGAGGGGUUGUAUGGAUUCAGAGACUUUUAAACACGUGACCUGAAAGGAAUGAAUAACUGCAACGCUUUUGACAGGAAAUCACCAUUUUGCCCCUAUUCAGCCAAAUGUUUGUUCCCAAGAUCUAUAUUGGUUCAUCAUGGAUUGAGGUGCUUGCACAUUUGUUUUUAUGAGAAAACACUCUUGGAAUCCAAUGUACUUUACAAGUGCCAAUUAAUCUUUGCUGGUUAGUUUCCUGAUAGUGACCAAAACAAUGAGUUAUGUGUGUCAGUGUCGGGUGGGGAUGGUUAAAGUAUUCAUCGAUUUAAUUUUUUAUGUUUUUUAAUGACUUUAAAAAAAACUUUUCUUCCCCGAGGUAUUGGCACCAGCACUAGCCACAUUUGCUUUGGAAUCUUGUUGUCCUCGUAUGGGUAAGCUUACAAUUUUAGCCGCUUAUAAAUGUGUUGCUUUUGUUUCUGAAGCAUUUGGGAUGUCUUAACAAAUUUGAUAGAUAUUGAUUAUACAACUCCGAAGUUACGGCCAAUAGCUUUUCAUACAACCGGCAGUUUUGUACUCGUAGAAUUUAGACAAGCUUUGUCAGCCGUUUCUGAUGAGCCAUUGACAGAUCUCAUAUCGUUUUUUUAAUUAUUUUUUUACAUACAGUAUAUUGACAGUCAUUCCCUUCCACGUGCUGUAAAAGUUUCAUGACUCUAGGGCCAAUCAAAGUCAUUCAAAAUACCUUGAGGUUCCAAAACUAUAAUAAACAUUUUUUUGUUCAA